AUGGCAAUGUUGCUAGAAGAUCAACAUAAGAAUUACGAACUCUUCAGGGAUUUCCUCUCCACCGCGUUGAUCGAGAAGGCCACCCAGCCAGAGCCCAAGGCAAGGCGCAGAGCAAAGUCCAAGAAAGUCACUGAAAGUACGGCGUCCAGACCGACGUCAGAGAACUCGCUCAAGGAUGCAGAGGAUCUUGCAGACUUUGUAGAGUACAUUGCCGCAGAAACCUUCGAAUCUCUCCCUGGCGAGUUGAAGACCCUGGACUACUAUGCCUACUCGAAGGAUGUAGACUUGCAGGACCGAUACGCCCUGCCGUUCACAGGUGCAGAUGUUGGGGCAUUGAUACCGUCACUAGAUCCGUCGAUAACAGAAUCGCUUCAGACCUAUGGUAUCACUCAUGAAGAUAGGCAAGGGAUUGACGAGUUCCUAGCCCCGGUCUUGACGGCUUUCAUGACCUCAAUAUCCAAGCCGCCGCCCGCACCCAGCUCGACAAAGAAGACAGUGACGGCUUUGGUGAAACGCGGCUGGCAUCGAGAAGAGGACUUGCAGAAUGUUGCGUGGUUGUGCGGCGCUUGCCACCGAUUCGUGCAUCACUUCGCCAGCCACGAGGAACUCGCACGGUACUACUAUACAGUUGAUUUACUACUGGAACAGGACGAGAUUGUGCAGUUUGCCAAGUGGGUUGGUCGGCUGAGAUGGAAAGGCCAGUAG